AUGUCUCUUGUCUGGGCUGCUCUGAGAAACGCCAAGUCUAGAAAAAAUACACUAUCUGCAAUAUGGCUUGAUGUGGCGAAUGCGUAUGCCGCUUUACCGCAUAAACUCAUUCUUAUGGCCCUUCGUUGCUAUGGUGUUUCAGAGUCUUGGAUAAGGCUUAUUAACGCCUACUAUGGCAGACUCUGGAGCAAGUCUUUCUCUUUUACAGCCUCAUCCAGCUGGCAGCAACACUUUAGAGGUAUUUUUAUUGGUUGUAAAUUAUCAAUCAUACUAUUUUUGACAGCUAUAAAUUGUCAAACUCAGAACUUGUUGGAUCGUUGUGUAACAGCCCUUCAUUGGGCUGGAAUGGGCUUUAGACCUUCAAUAUCACGAAGCAUUGUUAUAGCUAAUGGAAAAGUUUUAGAUCAGUCUCCUUUUUGUGUCCUGCAAGAACCAAUCCCAUCUAUUAACGCAAACCCAGUUAAGUUUCUUGGUCGGACGAUAAAUUCAACAUUGUCAGAUUCAGCUGUUGUCCAACAGGUUAUUGUUAACGCUAUCAGAGGCCAUCUUCUCCUGCGAGAUUCGGCUGAUCCUCUAGUCUCAGACUCUCCUCCAGACUUAAAGGCUGGACACUGGAAGGUAGAUCAGACAGUAAAAUCAGCAGAGAGUCAACUCGAGUUCAAGAAAAUACUUGGUUUCCACCAGUUUGGUAGAGCAGGCUUAGGACUGGUAAGCCAUAAGAGUGUCCCACCAAUUGGUACCCAUUCUUACCUCAAACUUGUAUCAGAUGUUGUGCAGGACAAUGAGGAAGACAUUUAUUAUGCUCGAGCCGUACAGCUUCAUGUCCAAGAACUACUGUCUCUGCCGCAAAGUUUAUCUUCGUUUUGCAUCGGCGCAACCUAUGACACGCUUCCUUCUCCUACAAAUCUUGUCAAGUGGGUAAUUCAAAAUGACAAAAGUUGCACCCUAUGUAAAAAACCCUCUUGUAACGUGUCCAACAUUUUUGGCGCUUGUAAAUUAGCCCUUUCACAAGGUAGAUUUACGUACCGCCACCAUACUGUUCUACGUGUGUUAGUGACAGCCAUUCAGAAGUUCUUACCCAAUUAUGAGCCAGCAAAACCAUCUAGAUGUCAUAAAAUAUGCUUUUUUCUAGCUGGUACACGUCUUCCCACCAAAAAGCGUUCAAAAAUUCAGGGAAUUCUUCACCUGGCCUCUGAUUGGAGAUUAUUGUGA